AUGUCAUACAAACGUAAAGUAUAUAAUCUUCUCGAACUGAAAAUUCCUGGCAUGAUUAUGUCAUGGGUUUUAAGAUAUAUAAAUAUUGUUGUCGAAAGACUUUCUGAGCAAAAAAAAAUAUCCAAAAAUCCGUGUUUCGUGUUUCAAAUGUUUUUCAAAAUUUUUUUCUUCGUUUUCGAAUCUGUGCUGGCGGUCUUAGCGUUAAUAUUACCUGAUGACGUAACUGAGAAAUCCGUCCGAUUCAUUGAUAAAGGCAUCUUUGAAGGGUCUUUCCGUCAUUUCUAUAUGCCAGGUAAUAUCGUGGCAUUCGUUCUCAUAUCUCUCUGGUACAUCGUAGUUUUGUUGUACCAGUCCAUAUACUACCCCGAUGUUCCUGCCAAUGAGAAACUCCCCGGAUGGUUAAGCCUGGAUAUAGUCGUAUUACCUUUAUUGUUUCUUGGAACCAUGCUUCGAAUCUCCUGCUUCAAAACUUAUGAUCUACUCUUCGCACACGAACUUACCCCACGUCGAGAAAAGAAAUUGGUUACUACUGGUCCUUACGCCUAUGUCAGGCAUCCUCUGCAUACUGGAUUCUUUCUGAUAGUAUUGGGAAGAAUAUAUUUGGAAUGGUGCUUAAAAGAUUGGUAUCCCGAUUGGAUUCAAAAAUAUUUUUGGCCAAUGGUGAUAAUAGAUCUUGUGUUAACGUCGACUGGAUUGCAUAGGGUGAUGAAAACAGAGGAGAUGACCUUAACUAGGAAGUACGGUAAAACAUGGGAAGAAUAUGCCAGGAGGACGAAGAGGCUCAUUCCAAUGUUGGUUUAA